AAUUCCAAUAACAAAUUUGCAACAAUGAUAAUUUACCUCUUUUUGCUUCUUUCGUUGAUUCCAUGUAUCAGCAAUGGAAUCAGCUUCGACCCCUUCACAGAUAAAACAGAAAUCACCUAUCACGGCGGCCCAAUCCUCACCGGAAAGGUGAAUUUAAUGCUUAUUUGGUACGGCGAUGAAAAUGACAAUGUCCACAAGAAUCUGAUAAGGAAUUUCGUCAAAUCGUUGAACAAAGAAAGGAAAUCCGCCACAAAAAAGGGUCAGCCUCAAGUUAAGACAUGGUGGAAAGUGGUUGAAAGCUACCAAUCCUUACUCCCGGGAGCGAAGUCCGGAGAACCGCCGGAUAUCAAGGUGGUGGCGGAGAAACAGAAGAGUACUAAUCCCAAAUAUGGGAAAGUCUUGACCCAGCAAAUAAUUAUUCCAAAUCUCAUCGAAGCUGUCACUCAUGGAGAUACUGGCCUCCUCCCCGUCAUCAUUGCCGCCAGGGAUGUCACCGUCCAAGGACUUUGCGCCGGAAAAUGUGCCGAUAAGGGCGUUCUCGAGAACAACCAAUCAUACAUCGUGGUUGGAAAUCCUGAAACGGAGUGUCCCGGAGCAUGCGGAUGGCCUUUCUUCGAGGCUGACAGUGGCCCAAAAGGACCGGUACUAAAACCACCAAAUCAAAACAUGGCAGGCGAUGCAAUGGUAGCUGCCUUCGCCGGAGCAUUGGUUGAUACGGUUCUCAGUCCCAAAAAUUCUGGCUUUUUCGGCGGAAAUGAGUUCGAACCGUUCGGACCCGCUACGGUUUGCAGAGGCAUUUUCGGUGAAGACGCCGCCCCGGGACACCCCGGGAAGGUCCUUACCGAUUCCAAAGAGGGCGGGAACUACAAUGCCAUUGGAAACGAAGGGAAGAGAUUCCUGGUUCCGGCCAUUUGGAACCCUAAAACUAAAUCUUGUUGGACUCCCAUGAUGAAAGAAUGAGCUGCUGAUUAAACAAGGCGAUUCGAUUUCUUCAUCUAACCCGGUCUGUUAUUUGAAUUAUUUCACAUUAAAAAAAAUUGUACUUUUACCCAAUAA